AUGUCAUCAAUCUGUGGCGUCUGUAAAGAUCAACUAUCAAAAGAUGGAAGUGAGGUUAUAUGCUCCGGUGGUUGUGAGGUUAGUUUCCAUAUAAAGUGCAUUAAGACUGAUCUAGAGGGCAGAAAGACAAGGUCUUACAAGGACUGGAAGUGUAAAAUCUGCAGAUCAUCUCAACCUGACCAACCUAACGUGAGUAAUGAUCUAAACAUUGAUACUGAUUGCCUAAUUAAGAUCUCUGAGGAACUUGCCAACCUAAGAAAGGAGAUGAGUGAACUCCGUGCAUCAGUUGAGUUUAUGUCUGAUAAAACAGACUCUACAAUACCAAUCAUGAAAGAAAUUAAAAAUGAACUAGCCUUGGUAAGGAAAGAAAAUGAGCAAUUGAAAGUAAUUAACAAAAGCCUAACCUCUGAUGUAUACGAGCUGCAAGACCGAGUGAGAUCUCUUGAGCAGUAUACUAGGAAAAAUAAUAUAGAGAUCAGCGGAUUACCAUCAUCGCCUAAUGAAAACAUACUCGACAUACUGAAGGAUGUGAGCCAAACGAUAGGCGUAGAGCUGGAAGAUAGUCAUAUCUCGGCUUCCCACCGCAUACCGUCAUACAGCAGGCAGCGAACACCAUCCAUAAUAGUCCAGUUCCAAAGGAAGGCAUUAAAGGACACUUGGAUUACCAAAUACAGAGAAAAGAGAAAUUUAAGUGCUAAACAGGUAAAUCUCUGUGUGCUCUGUGUGUAA